AUGGUAUCACGUGGUGGUGGUCGUGCUAGUGCUCGUGGAAAUAGAAACAUCCACGAGUCGGCUAUUGGUAGUGCUCAUAGUGGAGCUAUACCAAGUCAGGGAUCUAAUUCUGUUGAUCAAUUUGUUGAUUCAUUUCAAAGGGCGAGAGGAUCAAAUGUAUUGGAUCAAAUUACUAUUCACCCAUCGACGAGGAAGAUGAUUUGCCUCAACACUGCUGGACAAUUUGAAGAUGCAUCUGUCAUCCGAUCGAUCCUAUCUACACUGAAGACGAUGUUUAAUGGCCCAUGGACCAUAUGGAAGGAUGUUGAUGCGAUUAAUAGUGAGGCAUUAUGGCAACAUUUUAAGGGACUAUAUCAAUGGGAUCCUUAUAAGUACACUGAUGAAGUUAUACAUGAUGCAUGGACGGAGGUCAUGAAAAUUUGUUUUUCUGACAUAAUGACAAAUGCACGGAAAGAAUCUGUUAAACUUGCUAAGGCGAAAAAUGUCAAUGCAUCAGGUGAUAUGUCCCUUUUGAAGUCGUUUAACCCGAAGUGGAUAAGAUCAGAAUACUGGGAAAAAAUGAUUGAUGAAGUUUGGAACAAGGACAAAUGA